GUUAUUUUUAAUUUAAAAUAGUUGCUGUAUUGAUGAUCAGGGUUUUGUAAGUAAGAUAAAUAUUAAUCUUAAACACGUAACUUUCUUACAAUUCAAUUUUGGACUUGCUAAAUGAGAUGAGUACAAAAAAUUUUUUUGGACAAUUUGGUGGUGGAAGUACUGAUUUAAAUAAAAAAAGUGUGGCUGAUUCACAAUCAAAUAAUGAGUCAAGUUUGUGGUUUGAUGAUAAAAAUGAUCAGGAUCCAUGGCUACCUAAUUUGACUAAAUCUCAAAGAGUCAUUGGUUUUUUUCUUAUGCUUUUGCUAGGAAUUUUUUGUUUUUUAAUGGCUGGAUUUUUGACACCAGUUUUAAUCCUGAAAAUGAGGAAAUUUGUUUUGUUAUACACUAUGGGAAGUUUUUUUACAAUUUCUAGCUUUUCUUUGCUUUGGGGACCUGUGAAUCACUUCAAACAUAUUGUUUCCUAUUCAAGACUUCCAUUUACUUUGGCAUAUUUUGGCUCAAUGAUGGCAACUCUAUACUCUGCACUUAUUGUAGUUAUUGUUUUAAAUAUUUCUAUAAUUAAAAGAAAUUACAUUUAUGUAAUGAAUAAAGUAUGGGUACGCCGAUCACUAAGAACAACUUUAGAAGUUAGGCAAGAGGAGUUAGAACUACAGAGUUUCUUGCGCAAUGUUCUAUUUGCUUUGAACCGAAUAACUCCAGAAAAUUAUGACUUGAUUGUAGCAGUGAUGUUUGCACUUCCUAUAAAUAACUGUGAUAAUUUGAUCAAACUUUGUCAUAUGAUUGUUGAGAGAGCCAUAAUUGAGCCUUUAUAUUGUGGACUGUAUGCUAAGUUAUGUCACAGUUUAAAUGAAAAAGAAAUGGAAAGCAAAGUAGCACAAAAUUUAUCAUUUGCAAGUAGUUUAUUAACAAUCUGUAAACAAAAAUUUGAUAAGUUAUUACUAAUCCAGCAAGAAGAAUUCUGCAAAGAUCAAUCUCACUCUCAACAAGAAGUUAAUUAUUUUGAUAUGAUGAAACGACGAAAAUUAUUUGCUUGUUUGGAGUUUAUUGGAGAGUUGUUCAAUUUUAAGGUAAUUCCAGAUUCUGUUAUUUAUGAAGUUGCUAACAAGCUAGUUUCUUCACCAAGUUAUAUAGACUUUUUAUGUAUUCUGCUAAAAACUACUGGUGAAAAUCUUGAUUCCUGUAACAAAAACAAACAACAUCUUGAUCACUACAUAGCCUCAAUGGAACAAUUUCUUAGCAAUACUAAAUAUCUUCCUUCACGAUUGAAAUUUGCUUUUAUGGAUUUAAAUGAUCUGCGUCAAAAUCAUUGGAUUCCCAUGAGUGUUAUUGAAAAGCCAGUAUCACUUGCGGAAAUUCACAACGUUACAACAAAAUUAUCAUGAUUAAUGACUAAAUAUCUUACAAAAGCUCAAAGGCUAAUGUCUUCGAUGCGUUGAUCAUCAAACAAUGGGUUUCCAUGACUUUUAUUUGGCUUUGGCCAUCAAUAGAUUGUCAACUAAACUUUUUAUUGGAUAAUAUAAUUAAUACAUCUUUA